CGAACAUAGGAUCAAUCAAAGAACAUUCUGGAGUGUCCGCGACCACUAACACAAAAUACAUAUUAUAAUUUCAUUGUUCAUCACAAAAAUUGAAAGCACCAUAUCAUUAGACAACGUGUUUUUCUACUAGAGAUCUCUUUUCUCUAGCUAGUGUAAUAUCAUUAAUCAAUGGCUGGCACUAUCUUUGGAUACCCUUUCAGACACUUCAUCUGGGGUCACCCACCAAUUUUCAAAGAAUGGUCCGGCUCAACAGCCCUCUUAGAUUGGCUCGAAUCACCCACUGCCCACAUCUUAAAAAUUAACGUUCCAGGAUUCAGCAAGGAAGACAUAAAGGUGCAGAUUGAGGAUGGGAAUAUUCUUCACAUCAAAGGGGAAGUUUGGAGAGAGGAGCCUCAAGCAAAGGAGAAGGAUACUGUUUGGCAUGUGGCUGAGAGAGGCACUGGGAAGGGAGGGUUCUCAAGGGAAAUUGAAUUGCCAGAGAAUGUGAAGGUGGAUCAGAUUAAGGCACAGGUGGAGAAUGGAGUCCUCACUAUAGUUGUGCCUAAAGAUGCAACACCCAAAACGCCUAAAGUGAGAAACAUUAACAUCACUAGCAGGCUUUAAGGUUUUGAAAUCUAGAAUAUGUUUCUAUGAAUAAUAAUUGAGAACAAGAAAAAAAAAAUGUGUUAAUGAUGUACUAAGGAAUAAGACAAUAUCGGUUCUUUUGUAUGUGUGUGUGUGUAUAGUGUCCCCUCUUUGAUUGAUAUGAACCUUGUGUAAAUUUCAUGUUACUUUGUUGAAACCUUGCUAAAUAAACCAAGAGCUUGCACUAGUCUAAAA